AUGGAACAUGGAUCUGGCAAGGCAGAUGAAGUCAAGUUCAUAGAGAGUACAGAAGCUCGAAACGUGAAUAAUGCAACAGCGGCACCUACUGUUGACGUCGAGGAUGAUAGAAAGCCUCCGGAGGUAGGUCAAGAAGCGAGCCGGGGCAUCAAUGCACAACUCUCAAUCAUCGAAUCAUGCACUCAAGCAGAUCGCCGAUCUCCAAGCACGACCACUGUCCAUUUCAAUGCCAAGAACAACAACUUUAAGGCAGCUCCGAAUAUCCCUGAUGAUAUAGUCUUCAUGAUCCUGGGUCUUUUACAAACCAAGACGCUUUUGUCCGCUCGACUCGUUUCGAAAGCCUUCUCCGAGCUAGGUGCCGGCUUGCUCUUUCCGACAUUUGUUCUCAAACCCAAUGGAGACGAAUUUGGUCGUAUCAAGGCCGUUGCUGCGCAUCCUCAUCACGUUAACGAAAUCAAGAGCAUAAGAGUUGAAAGCGGCACGGUAGAUAUUUACCACAUCGUUGAGGGGCUUGUUUUCGCAUGGGUUUGGGAUUACAACCACAUAUUCAGCCCACUAAGAUUCGCUGCCGGGUACUCUAGCCAGGAAUAUGAGAGCAAUAGGCACUCUGCAAAUUCAAGAAUACGCACGAUGGAAUUCUGCUUGGCGCUCACUUCGACAAGACUACAAGGAUUUGGACCUGCUGGUACCUGUUUUACAGAAACUUCCAAACUUGAAUUCUAUUGUCAUUGCACGCAGAGUGUGCAGUUUUAA